UCGAGACACGUCAUACCCCCAAAGAAAAUAAACAAGAAAUGGGCCAGGUGGUCAAGGCUGGUGUCCAAAUAACAUAAUGCGACGGUGUAACUUAGCCAAUAUAAGAAUAUAUAUCAUUUAGACAUAUAGGUAACCAGAACUACGUUAUUCAGUACGCUAUCAGCGCAACAUUGAAAUUACAUGUGCAUUUCUGAUGUGAUGAGCUAAGGCAUUCCAUGAUGGACAGUGAUCUAAGUCCUCAGGAUAAAAAAGACUUGGACAAGUUCAUAAAGUUUUUCGCUUUGAAGACAGUACAGGUGAUAGUCCAAGCUCGACUUGGGGAAAAAGUAUGCACACGCUCCUUGUCUUCACCUACUGGCUCUGAUUGGUUCAACCUGGCAAUCAAAGAUAUCCCAGAAGUUACACAUGAGUCAAAGAAAGCUCUGGCCGGGCAGCUUCCUGGCAUCGAACGGUCCAUGUGUGUUGAGAUCUCCCUCAAAACCUCAGAGGGAGACUCGAUGGAAUUGGAGACAUGGUGUCUCGAAAUGAACGAGAAGUGUGACAAAGAUAUUAAAGUGUCCUACACUGUCUAUAACCGCAUGUCAUUGCUGCUCAAGUCACUACUGGCUAUCACAAGGGUAACCCCAGCCUACAAACUCUCACGAAAGCAAGGGCACGACUAUGUCAUACUGUACAGGAUAUAUUUUGGAGAGGUUCAACUUACAGGAUUGGGAGAAGGGUUCCAGACAGUGCGUGUAGGAGUUGUGGGAACUCCUAUUGGAACCAUCACCUUAUCUUGUGCUUACAGGACAAACCUGGCCUUCAUGUCCACCAGGCAGUUUGAGAGGACGGCUCCUAUUAUGGGCAUAAUCAUUGACCACUUCGUUGAGCGCCCCUUUGGCAACGUGGGACACAUGCAUCCAUGUAACUACAGAGCACCCGGAGAAGAUGAAGGAGCAUACAAUGGGGUGGAGGAUUCUCAGGAAGUGUGCACCACGUCCUUCUCCACUUCUCCACCCUCACAACUCUACUGCUCUCGUCUUUCUUAUCAGUCUCCUGUGCUUGUUGGAGCUGCUGACUUCUGCCACCCCUCUACCUUAAACGCUGCCAACCCACACCAGAUGGGAGUUCCAGGGAAGGAGGGCGGCGUACCCCAGCAGGUGCCUGUGCAGCCUUGUCAUGGAGCCCAAGCAGAGCAUCGACGAGUGUCCUCAUGCCCCCCUGCUGAUCAUGUUCCCGCCACGCCCUCCAGCAGUGGUGAGGACGCAGAGACCUCGUCGAGGAGCGUUGGGGUGAAGAGUGGCUCUCCCUGUGGUGUACUGGAGACCACCUUCACCAGGAAAGUGGGUGCCUUUGUCAACAAGCCAGGCACACAGGUAACCACAGCAAGCCUGGACUUACCAUUUGCAGCGUUUGCUCCCAGAGCCUAUGACCUCGAGGAAAAUGACCCUAUGGUUCAGCCGCCGGAGUCCUCAGCCACGUCCUCUCCCCUGCAGGGCAGUUUGCACUCCCAAGGCUCUGGUGAGAGUGGAGGCCCGGCACAGGACGACUUUGUUAUGGUGGACUUUAAGCCUGCGUUCUCCAAGGAUGACCUCCUUCCCAUGGACCUUGGCACAUUCUACAGAGAGUUCCAGAAUCCCCCACAGCUCACCAGCCUCACUAUUGAUGUCAGUUCUCAGUCCAUGGCAGAAGACCUGGACUCUCUUCCUGAAAAACUGGCAGUAUACGAGAAGAACAUUGAUGAAUUUGAUGCAUUUGUGGACACAUUGCAGUAGGGAUAGAAAUGGAUCCACUGUCUGCAAUGACAAAUGAUCCCAUUUAGUCCAUCUGCAAGGUCCUGUUGUCUUUCAAGCUGGUUUGCAUUCAGCCUGUGUAUGCCUGUUCUUUCUUCUCGUAGUUUAAAUUCCAUAUUGAUUUGUAAUCCGAAUGUUUCUCUUCAAACCUCACUGGUUGAUGUAUUGUAGAGUAAGAGAGCCUGUACCCAACAACCGAAGACAUCUUUAAAAAAGAAAAAAAGUUGCACUGUUUCUUUUCUGACGUGAAUAACUGCAACAUUUGCUCUAGUGUUGAGCAGACUGUGUCAUAAUGUAAAUACCAGAUCCCCUCUCACCUUGCUGUUAUAGAGCUUAACACGUAAUAAUUAAGAAGACGUUAAGUUCAUCAAAGCUGUUGUCUAAAGGUCAGGAGGCGUUGUAUUAUUGCUGUCUCGUGUGACACUGAGAACGCUCAUAGCAACUAUGGAGCCAGGCGUGGCCAUGUUUUAGUAGAUGGGAAGAGGCCAAGCUAUGUAUGGAAAUGGAUCAAUAGUAGUGAAUCUAUAUCCAAGAAACAGCAAACAUGCUGUGUAGCUGAAUCUGUAUGUUGAAAGAGAAGUUCCUGUGGUUGUUUUUUUUUGUAAAUGGGGAGAAGAGUUGUCUUCUGCUUUCCUUCUCUAGAUUACCAACUUUAGGCCACACAUCACUGUGUGUCACUACAAAUGAUGUACAGUCACUGCUCACCUCUGAAUCACCAUAUAAAGCAAGCUUCCAUUUUCCCUA